AUGGAGGCUGAAAACGUUAUGCUGAUAACCGAUGUCUCAAUCAUGGAUGGCCGCUCGGCAGAUAUUGAUCAGAUGAUUGACGAAAUGAUCAAGACCCAAGAUGGGGUCAGCGGCCAAGUCGCCGGCACGAGCAGGCUCGUCGCGAGUCCGCACUCCCAGGCGACCUUCCAAGGCAGCGGCUCGUACGUCGUAUUUGACUGGGGCAAGGAGUUCGGGGGGAUCCUGUCGCUGACGAUCAACAACGCGACGGCGCAGUCGCAGUUCUCGCUGUCGCUCACCGACCUGCGCUGGCAGCUGCAGAACUGGGACGUGAUCCAGACAUUCCACGCGCCGCUCGCCACGGGGCUGCUGGCGCAGACCGUGGGACAGCAGUGCGGCGGGUUACGCUUCCUGACAAUUGUGAGUGCGAGCGCGGACCCGCUGGCGAUUACGUUUAUGCCCCACUGGGACGAUCUCAAGGCGUACCCGGGCUACUUCUACGCACCUAACCCCGGGUUUCACGACAUCGACUUCCUGCCGAAGAUCUUGUACGCCGGCACGUAUACGGUGCAGAACAACACAAUCCCUCCCCGCAUGGUGCGACAGGGGCCGUGGCCCGCAGGAGGUGGCUGGUCCAACAAUGCCUUGGGAGGUUCUGUGAUUGGGCCUAUCCUCGUCGAUGGAGCAAAACGUGACAGGAACAUCUGGCCAGGCGACUGCGGUAUCUUCACGCACACGGAGCUCGUCGCGCUGAGCGACACGGAGCCGACCAAGAACUUGCUGAAGGUGAUGUUCCGCACGCAGAAGCCAACCACCGGCGCGCUGCAGUACUCUGGGCCGCUGCUGAACAAUCAGGGCAGCGAUAAGUACAUCUCGUGGUCGCUCAUCGGGACGCACAACUACUUCUUGUAUAUGGGCGACCUCGAUUUCGUCAAGUCUGUCUGGCCAAACUACACCAAGGCGGUCGGCUUCCUUGAAGGUCAGGUGGACUCGACGGGCCUGAUGACCGUCCCGUCUUCAUUCUCGAAUGACUGGGGCAGGGCAGGAGGCGCCGGAAACAGGUCGCAGACGCUCGUCACCGCGACGGACCUGGCGACGCAUCUCGGCAACGUCCCCCUCGCCGCCACAUACCUCGCCAACGCAACCAAAAUGCAAACCGCGCUCAACAGCCUGCUGUGGGACGCCGCUGAGGGCCUGUUCCGCGAGAACGACGUCCCGACAAGCAUCUACCCGCGGGCCGGCAACGCGUUUGCGGUCCUGUACAACCUCACGACAUCGGAUGCACAGAACAAGGCCCUUUUGGCCAAGUUCAAGGCCCUCGACGAGCUUCACAAUAUUGAUCAGACAAUAGACGACAGGUGGGCUUACGCCCUUAGCCAUGCAGCGGCAGAGUACAAGGACGAGAUCGCACCCUUACCUAACCUGAAGGAGCUUCAUGGUGGUGAUGGUGUCAUUGGACGGAACGUUGAUAUGGGCGGGGUGAAUAACGGCUACGGAUUGGGGCCGGAGCAUCAUGCCCGAUUGAAUGCAAUUCUCGACGAAAUUGAGCCGAACUUUGGUCCCGAUGAGUCAUAAACUGUUGGUCCCGAUCUUAAUUACAUGCUCACUACGCUAUCUCGAAUAUUAUGCUAUCUCGAAUGUUGGGCUUUUCGAAUAUUACGAUAUUGCGAUGUUGCGGUGUUGCGAUAUUGCGAUAGUCGGCUACCUUGGGUCUUGAUCAUUGCGUCAAUCAUCUGAUCAAUAUCUGCCGA